AACUUUGCAGGAUCAAAGGUCUCCUAUGAGUUAUCGCUGGAGUUUGCCCAGGCGCUCAGUCAGUCAGAGGCAGGCGGACUGUGCGCCACACUGUGACCACUGCAGCUCUCCUCCUUAACGUUUAACCUCCUGAUCCGCCAGAGACAAACACUGCAGACAUGGACAACAUCUAUGACACGAUAGCUGACGGAAGUGAGCACGAAGAGCGCCGUGAUGGAGCCGACAGCCCCGACAGAGAGCCCAGAUCUAAGAGCCCAGGAGAGGCGCAGGAGCAGCUGUACAGCGAGGUGCAGGUCCACGUCUCUGCGAAGGGGGAGCGCAGCUCCCCGGACUACAUGGACACCAGGGACAAAGAAAGAAGCUCUUCCUCCUCAUCCAGCGAUGAUGAAGAGGUUAAAGCAGAGGAAAAGGUUGAGGUGCAUGUGGAGCCAGUGGUGGAGGAGGUGAAAGUGGAGGAAGUGAACGGCGAGGCGCACGGCGGAUCCAGGCGCUCCUCCUCGGCCUCCUCAGCAUCCUCCGCUUCCCCCGGAGACCCGUGCGACGACCCGCCGAUCCAGCCCAGGGUACAGGAUGAGGAUAACGCGGAAGAUGGGAUGUUGAUGUCGUACACACACCCCAACACUGACAGCACACCGGAGGAGUGUGUCGACUACAGCCUGAAGACUCUGGAGAGUGUCACUCUGGAUGAGAGCAGCGCUGCGCCGGCUGAUCCCAGCCAGCCUGACAUCUCUCUGUUCGUCAAGGCGGGCAACGAUGGAGAAAGCAUUGGCAACUGUCCCUUCUCUCAGCGCCUCUUCAUGAUCCUCUGGCUCAAAGGAGUCGUGUUCAACGUCACCACCGUCGACCUCAAAAGAAAGCCCGCAGAUCUGCACAACCUGGCUCCGGGGACACACCCUCCUUUCCUGACAUUCAACGGAGAAGUCAAGACUGACAUCAACAAGAUUGAGGAGUUUCUGGAGGAGACGCUGUGUCCUCCAAAGUAUCCCAAACUUGCCGCCAAGCAGAGAGAGUCGAACACAGCUGGAAACGACAUCUUCGCCAAGUUCUCAGCCUACAUCAAGAACACCAAACCAGAGGCCAACGCCGUUCUAGAGAAAGGUUUGACCAAGGCCCUGAAGAAGCUGGACGAUUACCUGAACAGCGUCCUGCCAGAUGAGAUUGACGCAGACAGCAUGGAGGAGGAGAAAGGCUCCACCCGAUGCUUCCUGGAUGGAAAUGAGCUCACUCUUGCAGACUGCAACCUGCUGCCCAAACUGCACAUAGUCAAGGUUGUUGCUAAAAAGUACCGCAACUACGACAUCCCCUCAGACAUGACGGGGGUGUGGCGGUAUCUGAACAACGCCUACACACGUGAUGAAUUCACCAACACCUGCGCUGCUGACUCCGAGAUCGAGACCGCCUACAAAGAUGUGGCGAGGAGACUGGCCAAGUAACUCGCCAACCGACCUGAGCUCAGACGAAAUAAACUACAAACACAACAAACAAAACCAUCAGCACUGUUCAUCGUACAUGUGACUUUAGAGUCUUCAGUGGCGUUUUUGUCAUAUUAAGCAGGUCAGAUGUUGCAGAUGUUAUAGGGUGGCUCAUAAUGCUUUACAGCUGUUCGUGGUGUUACAGUUACAGAAACACAGAAGUGGAGCAGACGAUAAAUUGAACAUAUUUAAUUUAAAGGGACAGUUCACCUCAAAAUCUAAAAUACACAUUUUUCCUCUUACCUGUAGUGCUGUUUAUCAGUGUAGAUCGUUCUGGUGUGAGUUGCUGAUUGUUGGAGGUAUCAGCCGUAGAGAUGUCUGCCUUCUCUCGAAUAUAAUGGAACUAGAUGACACUCGGCUUGUGGUGCUCAAAGUGCCAAAAAAAAUACAUUUAAAAAACUCAGCAUCAAUGUCUCUUUACAGAAAUCAGGACCACUUCUGCCGAACUGCAGCCGUAUCACCAUGCAGAAGGAAGUGUGCAUCUACUUGCUGAGAGAUUUGCAGUAGCACCGACAGGCUGAGAAAGACCAGAAAAUUGCCAGGACAGUUUUGGAGCUGCUUUUUAGAUCUUGGACACAAGGGACUUCCACUGCAGGGGCAUAUUGAUCGCGACAGAGUUUUAUGGCAGCUAAUGAUGAAGCAGCAGAUAAGCUGAUGUAACAUUAUGAUCUGCCCAGGGCAUGUGAGUGGCUUUAGCAAAUAGACAACUAGAUGUCUGACAUCAUUGAAAAGACAGACAGAAAUUAUGUCACACAUUUUUGGUAGUGAUGAAACCACUAAUGUAAGUAGCUUAUGUCUGAGCAGUUUUCCUGUAGCUCCUCAACCCCAUUGCCAGAAUAAAUGUUUGAAAUGAAAGUCUCUACCAAAGACAGAUACGUAACAUUUGUUGUUAUGUAGUGGAUAUGUAUGAAACUUUACAUUUCUGUCUCAAAUGCAGGUGCGUCUUGAGUCUUGAACAGAAAAUCCUGCUCUUGCUCAGCUUCACAAUUUAUUAGUAACACUAACAUUUCGGUCAUCCUGCUCCUGCUCCUUCGAAGAGUGCUCAACUCUUCGUUUCGAUGUUGAUAUGUGAUCAUGUUGAGGCACAAAAACCACUCGGUUAUGGUUAGAAGACGAUCUUGUUUUGACUUGAAAUACACUCUUUUGGUCGCACAAUCACGGCUGGUGUCUUUAAAAACACCCAGUCUCGAACAGUUGUCUGCAGCUGGCGGCCAUCUUGCCAAAGUCAUGCGCACGCUAUUGUGCAGCACCCUUCAGCGAAAAUAUGUUCCCCUGUGCGUACUCAAAUUUGACCUUAAGCACAAUACUUGAGUAAAUUUUCUUAGUUACAUUCCACCGCAGUAGCUAACGUUACAGCUCAGCCGAGGAGAGCAACAUUAAUGUUUACAUCUCACAGCCUCAUGAGCACGAGCCUCUUGUCCAUGAGUAGAUGCACGCUUCCUUCUGUGUGGUGAUACGGUUGGCGGGUGUAGUUUGGUAGAGAGAAAAUAGUUCCUACAUGAAACUACUCACAACAAGGUCUGUGGAUUAUCUUGAGUAACCAGGUCAUGAUUUCUGUAGAGACAUUGAUAAACAUAUUUUUGGCGCUACGAGCACCACAAGCCGAGUGCCAUCUAGUUCCAUUAUAUUGGAGAGAAGGCAGACAUCUUUACGGCCGAUAUCUCCAACACUCUGCAACUCACACCAAAACUCUCUAAAUUUAUAAAUAGCACUAAAAGUAACAGGAUAAAUAUGUUGGUUUUACUUUGGGGUGAACCGUCUCUUUAAAUCACAGGUUUCAAACCACAUGUAUUUUUGCUGCUGUGAAACUUCUGACCUAACACUUUCACUCAAACACGAUUGUGUCCCGUCUGUAUUUAUUUCUCAUAACACAAAGCUCUCUUUCAUACAUAAUCCACCGGUCUGCACGGCCAAACAUUUUACUAGCUGCUGAUGUCAGGGUCGUUCACUUUAUUUAUUCCUAAACCCACAGAAGUCGAGUCUGACUCCAGUGUUUAUUAUCAAGCUUUGGCUCCUGGGGAGACACCUUUGAUUCAUCCAUGAUUGAUGACUGACGCUAACUGUUCACUGACUAUGACUGUUGCAAUCUGCAGAUUCAUUUUGAUUGUCAUUACUGUCGGUGUUGCUGUAGUUGUUUUGUUUCCUUGAGCUUAUACGUAUCUUGAAAUUCACUCCUGCUUCUGAAAGAUUGAUUUGAAAAGAGAUUGAUUUUAAUGAUAAGUUUAUGUGAUGUCAGUUCGACAGAACAAAAUGUAGCUGAUGAGGGCACUGAUAGAACAAAGCUUGUUUCUGAUUUGUUUGCAUGAAUCUGUUUUUAAAUUGUGAGUUUCUUUUUAAAGGUCCAGUAUGUAGGAUUUAGGGGGAUGUGCUGGUAGAAAUGGGAUUUAAUGUCACCUGAAUAUCACCUGAAAAUAAGAUUCAUUGUGUUUUUGUUACCUUAGAAUGAGCUGUUUAUAUCUACAUAAGGAGCAGGUCCUCGACUACAGAAGUCACCAAGUUGCACCGCCAUGAGCCAAACAGCAUUGGAAAAACAUUGAUUUGUAAUGUGAAACUGAUUUAUUCAGUGUUUUUACCGGUUUAAAUCAUCUGGUACGUUUGUUUUGGAGAGGAAGAGACCUCUGAGGAUAAUUCGGCUCCCAGUAAAACCUUCCUGAAUGUCUGCAUCUUAAGUUAUCAGAUAAAUAAGGUGAGCACACAUUAGCAGGUGCUGGGCUAGUGCUCCGUCUGUGACAAGCCAAACAGUGUCAGAAAAAUGCAAAUCUAUAACAUGAAACUGCUUUACUCAGCGUUUUUUACUGGUUAAAUCACCUGGUUCAUUUGUGUUGGAAAGGAAGAGACCUCUGUGGAUAAUUUGUCUCAGGGUAAAAACCACUGGAGUUCACGUUUAGCACAUGGGAGAGGUUUCAGCUGGUUGCAAUCUGCGAUAUUCACCGCUAGAUGCCACUAAAUUCUACACACUGCUCCUUUAAAAGAAUAAUGUGUAGAAUUUAGGGAGAUUUAGUUGCAGCAAGUGAGGAUUGCCGAUUGCAACCAACUCAAACUUCUCCUGGUUAGAAUUCCCUCAGUGUUGAGGAAGUUUUAACCGGGAGCCAAAUUAUCCACAGAGGUCUCUUCCUCUCCAAACAGAUGGACCAGGUGAGUUAACCCAGUAAAAACACUGAAUAAAGCAGUUUCACAUAAAAAAAUAAAUCUGUUUUUCUAAAACUGUCACUAGGGAGGAGCUACGAACUACAGUGACUGCUGCGAAAAUGUCCCCAUCGAGAGCCAGUGUUUGGUUUGUCCAUUCUGGGCUACUGUAAAAACAUGGCAGUGAACAUGACAAUCUCUAUAAACAAGGACCCGCUCCCUAUCCAGACAUAAACGCUUCAUUCUAAGGUAACGAAAACACAAUGAUUCUUGUUUUCCAGUGACAGUGCACUAAAGAAAACAUAGUUAUUUUGAUAUAUUCCAUUUCUGCCAAUACAUCCACCUAAAUCUGACACACUGCUCCUUUAAAAUAUGAAAAAUCCUCGACUAUGUGCCUUUGUUUGGAAGUAUCAAAAAUCCAUGCCAACGUCACUGAUGGACUCAUUCUGAAAGAAAUGUAUCACAGCAGAGCCGAGACAUUUGUUCUGCCUCUAGCUAUUAGUGUUCAGUCCAGGUAUUGAUUUUGUCUUGAGUUACACAUGAUAUUAUGAAUGGAGAGAGUAUUUAUUUAGCAGCCCCCAAUCAGGCCUGAUUAGGUAGAGCCAUUAGCGCUGCGAUGAAAAGCGUCUUCCAGGCUGGGUCCACGAUGGUCAGGAGCCCUCCGGCCCCUUCAUCACAGACACAUUUCCUCCGCUUUGAGGAGCCUAUCAACAUCCACAGGCUAAAGUUCAAGUUCAAAAGUUUCAUUGUCCACGCAGAGGAGGAUGGAAAUUUGUCUCGGGGCUUAUCGUCUUUGGCUUGGUGUCAGGCUGCAACUAUAGCGAGACUUCCUUGAAGAACCAUAAGGCUCUUGUGUGGUUUGGACAAACAUAUGAUAUGAAAUUGGAGCAUGAUGACUGAGAGCCUUGCUCAUUGCGAAGCUCUGCAAAUAAAAUAAUAUUUU